AUGACAUCACAUCCGAUCAGGUCUAAAAUACCACAAACUUUAGAUCGUAUUGACCCAUACGAUCGCAAUGUCUUACCGCCUAUUCUGAACACAUUUGGUUUCAAGAGAAGUGGAAUCACAGUCACCUAUCGAUUUCGAACUUUUCCCUCUACUACAAGGACAAGCAAGUUCCCAUUUGUUCCACUUGACUUCAAACUCAUUUCACCUCAAAAACCUACCUACUUUGGCAAGGGGGGAGCUUCUCCUUGUAUGGGAAUUCUUUUGGCCAAACAACAACUAAAUGCUACCGCACAGGUUCCAACUGAGGCAUCUCUGCGUCAACAGCUCGAAGUCAUGAAGAUCCAGCACAAUUUCAUAAUAGCUGCCAUUUCUUUAGAGCAUGACAGGAGAGAUGCGACUGAUGAUAAGAGAGUUGAGUUGGAGAUCAAGACUAUGGAGAUGAAGGAUAGGUUGGAGAUCAAGAUUAUAAAGAUGAAUGAUAGGAGUUGUUGGCUUGCUGCUCAGAUCAAGGAUAGGAGUUGUCUGCUUGAAGCUGAGACGAAAAUCAACGUUAUAGAUUGCAAGACCAAGUUUAUGGAUAACAAGUUUCGGCUUGCUAUUCGACUUUCCCAAGUUAUCCUUGGAAUUCUUGUUGCUGUUUGUAUCAUCGCAAUGUUCUAUAUAGGCCAUUACUACAUCGCCAUUGGGUUUUUGAUUCCUGUUCCCCUUUGGAUGUGUUGGUUUUUGUUUGAAAGACGGCACUUCCCUCCUGGUGUAUCGAUAUGA